AUGGCUGAACAAGCAAGAUUCGAACCCAUACCAACAAAGAUAAUCGAGUCCGAACAUACAUCCCUUAGCAGUACCGAUUAUACUGGACAUGAAUAUGGAGUCGAACCUGGAGCUCUGUCGCUGUGGCAGGCAGGCAAGAUCUUCGGGAUUGUGAUGGACGUACUUGCCAUAGUCCUCUCUUGCAUGUUCUUUUCCUACGCUCUCGCGGUCAAGACCCACGAGAAGAAGCCAAUGGGUAGCCCACAAGUGAAGCUCCUUGUGAGAUUGUCCAAUCUAGGUCCCACCAUAUACCCAAUCCUUUUCGCCGCUGUUGUUGGUAGAGCUCUCAAAUCUAUCGCAUUCUGGAAGCUCGAGAAAGGCGGGAGGAUCGGAACGCUCGACCGAUUACUUGGUAGUAUUACGAUCUUCCAGACAGUUCUUACACAGAUCCAGAUGAGAACCUGGAGCUUCCUGGGCUUGCUACUUGUAGCAGUCUGGUCACUCUCACCAUUAGGCAGUCAAGCUUCGCUACGCAUCAUCGACACAGCAACACAACCGAGCAAUACCUCAAGGCCACUUCAGUAUGUCAAUACCACUUCAGACUUCUUCAACUUCACAUACGCAGGCGUGCCCGCUGCUUCGCAAUUUGUACCGGUAAACGUCCUUUUUGGAGCAGCAAUGCUGGGAAGCUCGGCUAGUUCGUCAUUCUAUGUCGACAACUGGGGUAAUCUAAAGAUACCCUGGGUCGAGGGUCUGGAUACCAUGACGGCAGACGGAGAUGGGUGGUACCCUGUGAAGGAGCUCAAGUCGACCGAUGAUUUUGCAUCUUUGAUCGGAAUACCGUUGUCCACGAUCACGCUAGCGAACAAUCUGACGACAUCCUUUUCCAUCGAAACAUCUUACUGGACUUUCGCAUGUCCUGUAUUCGAAGACUUGGGUGACGGGGUCAACGCGAGUACUGGUCACUUUGACAACCGUUCGUACGCGGAUUUGACAGCGUCACAGGGGCUGUUCAUAGAUUCCAGUGAGUCAGCAGUUGAGAACACAACAUCUUAUACCGCACAGAAUCUCUAUCUGUACUCGGUGAAUACGCACGAUAAUUCGGAACCUUGGGACUCUCCUGUCAAUACGAGACCGAGACACAUCACCUACAUGGACAACAACAAUGAUCCUGGUCACUGGAUCGCUGCAAACUGUACCAUCAAGACAACGUAUGUCGAAGUAAACGCCUCUUGUUCAUCGGACAAUUGUGCAUUCUACCAAUUCGCCAUCCCUCUCAUCGAGGCCCUUCCGGCGGGGACACUAGGGGAGGCGAGCCCGUAUCAAAAGUUCAUCAUCGAUCCAUCGAAUCCUUUCAACCAAUCUUUUUACAUACCAGCUGUCACGGUUCUAUCGAAUGCAACGUUUGCGCUGCGUCUAGGUCAGCUAUUCAAUACCUUUUGGAUGGCAAUGAUCGCCCCCACUGCGAUACCUAAAGGCCUUCGAAAUUCAAAUCUCACCGCGGACAUAGCAAGACUGAGAAACUCAUCGUUGCUCACUGCCACGGCUACUGAGACGAGAGACAAUUUGGUCUUGAGAUGUAAUCUGGUCUGGUUCGUGAUACUUCUGGUAUCAUCCGCCAUCACGGCCGUUAUAGGUCUUUGUGGGCUGAUAGCAACUAUCUGCCGUCUUGGACCAGAUAUUGGGUUCAACAUCUCAUCGCUGGUCAAAGACAGCUCAUUUGAAGACCAAGUGUUCGUGCCAACUACGCUUGGUAGUACGGACAGGUCCAUACUGAUGAAAGACUGGUAUGCCAAGUUGGGAGAUACAGCGUCUGAGGAGGAGGCUGGAUAUAUUGCUAUAGGCAGCGGUAAUGUGGCAGAUCUGCAGCGUGGACGUUUGUAUAGGUGA